AUGAAGAUGAAGAGAAAAGAAAAGAAAAAUGGAAGGAAGGAUAUGGGAUUGUAUUUAUAUCACCAUGUGAUUGCGCUCAUUCAUGUGGGUUUUUCCUUUGACCUUUCUUACCCUUGUGAAAUGACAGGGAUAGCAAAUCGGGAUAGCAAGAUGCAUGGCAUCCUUGCAGUUUGGACUAAUCUGGUGUACAUCCUGGAGUUUGAUUUGCCGCUCCAAAAUGAUGAAUUUCAGCAAAAUGUAGGUGGGCUGUGCAUUACCGAUGCAGCAAGCCAAAGGGUUUGGGUGAGGGGCUGCAGUAGAUAUGCUGGUAUACCUUACUGGGCUGGUUUCCAUAAAGCAUAUGCUUUUGGAAUUAUUAUUGAAUUGUUAUUAUUUAUCCGUGCUUCACAGAAUUACAAUGCUCUUGGUUAUGAUGACAAGAUCUUAGAUGGUUUCUACGAUCUGUAUGGGAGCUUAACUGAGUCAAACCCCACUAGAAUGCCUUCCCUUCUAGAUUUGCAACUGCAAGCAACAUCAAUCUCAGGUAGUGGUACGUGGGAAGCUGUCUUGGUCAAUAGGGCUGCUGAUUCUAAUUUGUUGAAACUUGUGCAAAAGGCCCAGGAGUUGACUGGCAAAUCAAGUUCAGAUUUUGAAGUUAUAGAUAGCAAUUUGGUCCGCAAGCUUGCAAUAUUUGUGGCCGACUAUAUGGGUGGACAAGUUGGAGAUCCUGAAAGUAUGACAAGAGCAUGGAGGAGUCUCAGUUACAGUCUAAAAGCAACCCUUGGUAGCAUGUUUUUGCCACUUGGUUCUCUAACUAUUGGAUUGGCUCGGCAUCGUGCAUUGUUAUUUAAGGUUCUAGCUGAUAGUUUUGGCAUCCCAUGUCGGUUGGUGAAGGGGCUGCAAUAUACUAGUUCGGAUGACAUGGCAAUGAACUUUGUCAAGAUUGAUGAUGGAAGGGAGUACAUUGUUGAUCUAAUGGCAGAUCCUGGAACUCUUAUUCCAUCUGAUGCAACUGGAUCACAGAUAGAGUACGAUGAAUCUUCAUAUGUGGCCAGUCCUUCAUCAAGAGACCUUGAUUCCUCGCAUGUAGCGUCAUCCAGCAGUGGAGUUGGAAGUUCAUACGAAGAAACUUUGGAUUUGGGGAUGUUGGACAAAGAAAACAGAUCAAAACAUUUUUCACAUACAGGUAAAGAAUCUGAUGCAAGCAAACCCACCGUGGGAAAGGAUGAAUCAAUGAGACCCUUGAAUGAAUUUAAAAGCCCUCACAAUGUCAAGAAGAUCAAGGAGCAGGAAGCUCCUGGCAGACCUAAUCAUCCACAUGUACUUGCAAGAUCUCCUUCUUGGACUGAAGGGAUCAAUUCUCCUGCAGUACGAAGAAUGAAAGUCAAAGACGUUUCUCUAUACAUGAUUGAUGCUGCGAAGGAAAACCCUCACUUAGCCCAGAAACUUCAUGACGUUUUACUUGAAAGUGGUGUGGUUGCUCCUCCAAAUCUAUUUUCUGAAAUUUAUGAUGAUGAAUCAGGUUCUUCAACUGAAGAAAAAGAUGAACAUAAGCAGGGAAGUAGACAGAAAGAAGCCGAGCUUGAUGGUAAUGUUUGUCAUGCUCAAAUUUUGCCUCCUUUGGCUCACCACCGAGUCCAUACCAAAGCAAGUUCUAGUGGCCAGUUGGAGCAUUCUAAACCUGUAGAAGGUUUAGGAAUCAACCUUCCCCUUUAUACAAGGGAAGCAGCGGUACAGUAUAUACCAACUCAGGCAAAAUAUGGGCAAAAUGUCCCAGUCGCUGCUGCUGCAGCAGCCGCUGCGGCUGUUGUUGCAUCAUCUAUGGUUGCUGCCGUGGCAAAAUCUAGCAUUGACUCAAACAUAGAUCUUCCAGUAGCAGCAGCUGCUACUGCUACUGCUACUGCUGCAGCUGUAGUAGCAACCACUGCUGCUGUCAGUAAACAGUAUGAACAGGGCAGUCGAAGUGAUGGAGAUACAGACAGUGCUGGUUAUGACCUGAAGGGUAGUGGUGAUGGAGAGCAUACAGCUUUAGGAGCAAAUUCAGAAGGUGACAGAAGAUCUGAUAGAUCAGUAGUAAGUAAUGAUAGCACAAAAUCUGAUUCGGCAUUAGAUGAUCUUGAUGUUGCCGAGGUUGACAUUCCACGGGAGGAAAUCACGCUCGGUGAGCGUAUUGGACUUGGAUCAUAUGGGGAGGUGUAUCGUGGUGAAUGGCGUGGGACUGAAGUUGCUGUAAAGAGGUUUCUAGAUCAAGAUAUUUCUGGCGAAUCACUUGAUGAGUUCAAAACUGAAGUCAAAAUAAUGAAACGAUUGAGGCAUCCAAAUGUUGUUCUCUUCAUGGGAGCUGUAACUCGACCUCCAAAUCUUUCAAUUGUUACUGAAUUUCUUCCCAGAGGAAGUUUGUAUAGACUACUUCACAGACCAAACAGUCAAUUGGAUGAGCGAAGGCGUUUGAAGAUGGCUCUGGAUGCUGCUAGAGGAAUGAACUAUUUGCAUAACUGCAGUCCAGUGAUAGUGCAUCGUGAUUUGAAGUCCCCAAAUCUUCUUGUUGACAAAAAUUGGGUUGUGAAGGUAUGUGAUUUUGGCUUAUCACGAAUGAAGCAUAGCACAUUCCUUUCUUCCAGAUCAACUGCAGGAACAGCCGAGUGGAUGGCUCCUGAGGUGUUGAGAAAUGAACCUUCAAAUGAGAAGUGUGAUGUUUAUAGCUUUGGGGUCAUAUUAUGGGAGCUCUCUACUUUGCAGCAACCCUGGGGUGGAAUGAAUCCAAUGCAAGUUGUUGGUGCUGUGGGUUUCCAGCAUCGCCGUCUUGAGAUUCCUGAUGAUGUGGAUCCUACCAUAGCAGAUAUUAUCAGGAAAUGCUGGCAAACAGAUCCAAAGUUGAGACCUACAUUUGUUGAAAUAUUGGCGGCUCUGAAGCCUUUACAGAAGACAGUGAUUGGUUCUCAAGUGCCUCGACCAAGUGCAUCAGGGAAGCAUGAGAAGGCUCAGUCAUCGCGUGUUAUAGAAGACCCAGCAAGAUAG